UCUGAGGAGGAGGAGGAGGAGGAGGAGGAUGGUGAAGAGGAGCAGCUCUCUGUUCAGUCUGUCAGACUCUGAGGAGGUUUACGGAGGUUUCAACAGUCCGACUGACUGCUGCCUGAAUCAUCGACUGAUCCUCCUCCUCUCAGACAGGAGGAGGAGGAGGAGGAGGAGGAGGCGGAGGAAAAGGUGCUGCUGCUGCUCUUCAGUCUCAGAUUCAACAACGACAAAAACAGAGCAGAAGUCAAAGAGGAUCCUCUGAGUCCAGAAACAGAUCUGCUGCUGGACUCUGAAACAUCACCAAGAAGAGAGAGGAGGAGGAGCAGGAGGACGGAGGAUCUCUGAGAUUUUAAAGGAGCUGGAGGAGCAGGACAGAGGAGCUCUGAGGUUUUAAAGGUGCCAGAGAGAAGACAAAGCUGAACAUUUUAAAGGAGCCGGAGAGGAGGUGAAACUGUAGAUUUUAAAGGAGCUGGAGAGGAGGUGCAGCUGGAGGUUUUAAAGGAGCCAGAGAGGAGGUGCAGCUGGAGGUUUUAAAAGAGCCAGAGAGGAGGUGCAGCUUGAGGUUUUAAAGGAGCCAGAGGGGAGGUGCAGCUGGAGGUUUUAAAGGAGCCAGAGAGGAGGUGCAGCUGGAGGUUUUAAAGGAGCUGAUAGGAGAGGAGAUGAGGUCUGGAGGAGGUCCGGGGUCUGGAGGCGGUCUGAGGUUUUAGCAGGAGCAUGAAGUGCAUCAGCGGUCUGUGCACGCUGAACGUCGGUGGCCGCAGGUUCUCCUGCUCCGUGGAGCUGAUGAAGCGCCUCCCCCUCAGCAGGCUCAGCCGGCUGCAUCGUUGUGUGUCGGAGAGCGAGCUGCUGGAGCUCUGCGAUGACUAUGACCGCGACAGGAAUGAGUUUUUCUUCGACCGGCAUGCAGAGGCCUUCAGCUUCAUCCUGCUGUACGCGCAGCAUGGCACGCUGCGCCUGCUGCCGCACAUGUGCGAGCUGUCCUUCUACAACGAGAUGCUGUACUGGGGCCUGGAGAGCGCCGACCUGCAGCCCUGCUGCCAGCGCCGCCUCGAUGACCGCAUGUCCGACUGCUUCGUCCACUUCUUCCCUGAGGAGGAGCUGCGGGGCCCCCAGGAGCCCCGAAGCUGCUGGCUGGAGCGGGUCAGGAGGACGCUGGAGGAGCCCACGUCCUCGUUGGUAGCGCAGGUCCUCGCCUCCGUGUCCAUGCUGUUUGUCGUCAUCUCCAUGGUGAUGCUGUGUGCCAGCACCUUGCCAGACUGGAAGACCGCCGAGAACCUGGACCAGCACAGGAUCAUCGAGGCAGUGUGUAUUGGUUGGUUCACAGUGGAGUGUCUCGUCCGGUUCCUGGUGUCUCGGGAUAAAUGUGAGUUUGUCCGGCGUCCUCUGAACAUCAUCGACCUGCUCGCCAUCAUGCCGUAUUAUGUUUCUGUCACCAUGACGACCCUGACAGGGGAGAACUCCCAGCUGCAGCGGGCUGGCGUCACACUGCGCGUCCUGCGCAUCAUGCGGAUCUUCUGGGUGAUCAAGCUGGCGCGUCACUUCCUGGGCCUGCAGACACUCGGCCUGACGCUGCGCCGCUGCUACCGUGAGAUGAUGAUGCUGCUCAUCUUCAUUUGCGUUGCCAUGGCGAUCUUCAGUGCCCUGGCCCAGCUGUUGGAGCACGGCCUGGACCUGGAGGCCGGAAACCAGGACUACGCCAGCAUUCCUGCUGCCUGCUGGUGGGUCAUCAUCUCCAUGACCACGGUCGGGUACGGGGACAUGUACCCGGUGACGGUGGCGGGCCGCGUGCUGGGCGGGGUCUGUGUGGUGAGUGGCAUUGUGCUGCUGGCGCUGCCCAUCACCUUCAUCUACCACAGCUUCAUCCAGUGCUACCAUGAGCUCAAGGUCCGGUCUGCCCGCUGCACGCCGAGCCUGUCCGCCGAGUUCAUCCACUGAGCAACCAGUUCAUCAACUGACCAACCAGCAACCAGACGAUCCAAUGACCAACCAGCAACCAGUUCAUCAACUGACCAACCAGCAACCAGUUCAUCAACUGACCAACCAGCAACCAGGUCAUCAACUGAACAAUCAGCUGGCAAGUUGCAGAGGCGAGUUGCUGAAGUGAGUUUGGGGGCAGAGGUCAGGGGCCAGGGCUGGAGGUCAGGGGUCAGGGGUCAGGCGUUUGGGGUUUGGGGGUUUGACAGCUUAGUUGAAGUUGAGCUUUAUUUAUUUAUUUAUGUAUUUUAAUUAUAUUUUUUCGGGUUUAUAUUUUUGUGUCUCAUCUUGUGU